GUGGGAAAUCACCACCCUAAUUCCGGGAGUUUGUCUUUUUCUUCCUUUCAUAGAUGACACAGUUGAUGACCAGUGGGAAUCAGACAAUGGUGACUGAGUUCCUCUUCUCUGUGUUCCCCCAUUUGCAUGAAGGUGGCCUCUUAUUCUUUAUCCCCUUGCUUCUCAUCUAUGGAUUUAUCGUGACUGGGAACCUGGUGAUAUUCGUCGUCAUCCAGCUGGACACGGCCCUGCACACCCCCAUGUAUUUCUUCAUCAGCGUCCUCUCUUUCCUGGAGAUCUGGUACACCACGACCACCAUCCCCAAAAUGCUCUCCAGCUUAGUCAGUGAGCAGAAGACCAUCUCUCUGGCUGGCUGCCUCAUGCAGAUGUACGUCUUCCACUCUCUUGGUAUCACAGAAGGCUGCGUCCUGACAGCAAUGGCCAUCGACAGGCACAUAGCUAUCUGCAGUCCCCUCCGUUACCCAACUAUCAUGACGCCCAAACUCUGUAUCCAGCUGACAGCCGGAUCCUGCCUCUGUGGCUUCCUCCUCAUCCUCCCUGAGAUCGCGUGGAUCGCCACCCUGCCUUUCUGUGGCUCCAACCAGAUCCAUCAGAUCUUCUGUGACUUCACACCUGUGCUGAGGUUGGCCUGCACGGAUACAUCCCUGGUGGUCAUUGUGGACGCCAUCCAUGCGGUGGAAAUCCUGGCCUCCUUCCUGGUCAUCGCCCUCUCCUACAUCCGGAUCAUCGUGGUGAUUCUCAGGAUGCCCUCAGCUGAGGGCCGUCACAAAGCCUUUUCCACCUGUGCCGCCCACCUCGCCGUGUUCUUGCUGUUUUUCGGCAGUGUGGCUGUCAUGUAUCUGCGAUUCUCAGCCACCUACUCGGUGUUCUGGGACACAGCGAUUGCUGUCACCUUUGUCAUCCUCGCCCCCUUCCUCAACCCCAUUAUUUAUAGCCUGAGAAACAAAGACAUGAAAGAUGCUAUUGGGAGGAUACUCUGCCGCCAGAAGAGGGCAGGUGGGGUUGGGAGAUAG